AUGUCCGAUCAGCCCAACCUCGAGCCAGUCCGUCGCGCCGCCCUCCUCGCGACCCUCCACGACCUCAGCCAGCCACCCGCAUUCCUCGCAGGCGCUAUCUCGACCGCCGCGCGCCAGACCACCGCGAACCUGCGCAUCAUCCUCUUCUCUCCGUCCUUCAACGAAGCGACACCAACUUCAGAUGCUCCGCGAGGCGGGAUAGACCUCCGCAGCGACAGGAACGAGUACUCGCACGCCGGGCACUGGCAUGAAGUACAGAGGCUGUUGACGUUCGUUUACGUGCAGGCGACCAAGGUCGCGCAGGAUAUGGGGAAGGUGUUGAUGGACAUAGACGUACUGCUUAGGGGAACCGAAGAGCAGUUCCCGGAGGAACUGAUCCGCGAUGUAGAACGCACAUACUGUGUCACGCCUCCACACCCGAGGUUCCCUGCGCUCCCUGCAUCGGUGCAGGAACGCACGGACGUCGUAUCGCUCAAACACGACGCAUCACCCCACUUCCCCCACCACCCACACCCACCCCCUCCAUCCGACCCCAAUCUGCCCUCGCUCUUCCCGGUGGUAGCUCUCGGCGGUACAUUCGACCACCUCCACGCGGGUCACAAGAUCCUGCUCAGCAUGGCCGCGUGGAUCGCCAGCGAGAAGCUCAUCGUCGGGAUAACCGAUGACGUGCUGCUGAAGAACAAGGUGAAUAAGGAGGUCCUGGAGAAGCUGCCCGUGCGCACGGCACGAACGCGUGCGUUUCUCGAGCUCUUCAAAGCUGGGCUGGAGUACGACAUCGUGCCGAUCAACGACGUGUACGGGCCAACCGCUUGGGACCCAAACGUCCAGGCGCUAGUCGUCAGCAAGGAGACGCUACCUGGUGCAGCAGCCAUCCACAAGCUGCGAGCGGAGAAAUCUCUUCCUUCCCUCGAGACCUUCGUCAUCGACGUCAUCUCUUCUACCGAAGCCAGCGUCGACGACGAAGACGCAGAAGUGCUGAAAAAUACCAAGUUGAGCAGUACAUUCAUCCGUCAGUGGAUCGUAGAACACCCGGAUGCGCGUUGA